AUGGAGAUUCAGCAGGAAUCGGUUGACGUGAUAAUAGUCGGGGCCGGGGUGGGAGGCCUCGCGGCGGCAAAGACAUACAUCGAACUAUCUCCCCAAAUAAACCUCAUCCUAAUCGAAAAGCGAGCGACAUUGGGCGGUGUUUGGGCUAAAGAAAACUGCUAUGAGGGCCUCAAGACCAAUAAUGUCCAUGGCUCGUAUGAGUUCUCUGACUUUCCCAUGGACGCAAAAUACGGUGUCCGCGAUGGUGAACAUAUUCCCUGCGCUACUAUGCACGAUUACCUCUGCGAUCUCACAGACCACUUUGAUAUCCGCCGACGGGUCAGAUUCAACACCAAUGUGCUCGAGGUAGAGCAGCUGGACAGCGGCUGGAAACUGAGUGCAGAAACCACUCACGCUGCGCAACACCGACUUGCGACAUACAAAUGCAAGAAUUUAAUCAUUUGUAGCGGUCUGGCGUCCACUCCGAGACCUAUCUCAAUUCCUGGACUGCAGGAUUUUGAAAGGCCCGUUAUCAGCCACACUCGACUGCUAGACAAGGGGGCGGAGCUAGCAUCAGAUCCCAAAGUUGAGUCUGUGACGGUGAUCGGAGCAUCAAAGUCUGGGUACGACGCAGUGCAUCUAAUGGCAUCCCAUGGGAAGAAGGUUGAGUGGGUGGUUCGCAAGUCUGGAGGUGGCGCGGUGUGGAUGAUGUUGCCCUGGGUGAAUGUUGGUUGGAUCCGAGCGAAGCUGGAGAGCUUGGGGACGACCCGUUUUUAUUCCUGGUUCAGUCCUUGCAUCUGGGGUGACAACGAUGGUUUCAGUUGGAUCAGACGUCUCUUGCAUGGCACUAGAGUAGGUCGGUUCCUGGUGCAUCAUUUCUGGGAAAAGAUGAGAAUGGACACGAUAGAAGUGAACGGCUUGUUCUGGAAUGCCCGGAUUGGGAUUCUGAAUUAUCCUUCCGAUAUCCACGACUACAUCCGCACCGGACAGGUGCAGGUCCUCAAACAGGACAUCGACCACCUAUCCGGUUCUGGCACCAUUCAUUUUACAGACAACUCAACCAUCCAGACUGACGCUUUAGUUGCGAUCACAGGCUGGAGUGUUGCCCCAACAAUGAAAUACAAGCCAGAUGGAUUAGACGCUUCCCUCGGACUUCCAGUACCGACCAACGCACUUACCACCGAACAAGAAAUCCUCUGGGAUUACCUCGACCAGAUUGCUGAAAAUACAAUUCUCAGCAAGUUCCCCUAUCUUCGUCAUCCUCCCACUGCUAAACUCCCAUACGAGCCAAAUAUCACUCCACUGAGAUUAUACCGUGGCAUUGCUCCACCAAACCUCACAUCGAAAUCGACUCACUCGCUCGCCUAUAUCAAGAUGUUUCACAGUACAGCCAAUAUUACUGUCGCCGAAGUCCAAGCUUUAUGGGUAUACGCCUAUCUCCAUGAAAAAAUCCAGAUACAGACGGAGAAUAUAUACGAGCAAACUGCAUUACUGAGCCGGUUUGGGAAACUCCGUUAUCCGUGGGGGUUUUCUGCAUGGUUUCCUGAGACUGUUUUCGAUUCGGUUCCGUAUCUUGAUAUGUUAAUGAGGGAUCUGGGUUUGAGAUACUGGAGGAAGUCGGGAAUGCGAAAGGAGGUGUUUGAAUGCUAUACCAGUGGCGAUUAUCGGGGAAUUAAUGCGGAAUGGGCGGAGAAACAUCUUGUUGAAAAGAGCGGCAAAUGA